UAUCCUGUGUAAGAAAAAACCCAACCACUACAGUUUUAAAUUAAUUGUAAAUACCGAAACUAUUGUUUAUGAUCAAUAACUGUAUCAAUACGUAUUUCUUUGCCUGUUUAUUCGUAGUGACAAACUGAUAUGCACAGAAAUUCACCUUGUGAAACAAACCUACUCUGGCAAACAUGUGUGUGACAACUUGCCCCGGCGUUCUCUUUAACGCAACAGACGCAACCUACUUCCAAGACCCAACUAAUCAUCCACGCAGCCUCCACUCGUUACCUUGCGCCCAUUUUCCGUUCCCCACGCAGACGCGUUCUCUCCUCGUGGCCAAUCCCAGCAUCAGCUGUCAGGCGGAUUACCUCAAGCCCGGAGUCGCCUAAAGCCCGUGUCGUUGCCGAGAUGGGGACGAUUUAACGCGCGCGACGUUUAGGGGGUGCCCAUAGUAACCGACAUCAUCAUCACCACCACCACCACCACCAUCAUCAUCAUCAUCAUCUCGGGCUCACAGCCUCGAGGACCCUCCAGCAUGUCGGGUGGCAAGCGCACGAAACGCUGAAGCGAGACAGCAGCAUCAGCAGCACCACACCUACCGCGCGCGACACCGCGAGCCCGGUGCACGGGAUUAGACGCCGCGGAUCCGACCUCCGGGAUCCAUAAUGCCCGUGAAGCGAGCCUGACGCCGCCGAAAUGCUGCCGGGCUCUAUUCAGAUCACGGGAGAGGCGCUGUCCGGCGCGGAGAUCAAAGACAUAUGCGACAGUCUGAAGGAGAACAGCGUGCGGCUGCUGUCGGUGCGCGGCUGCCAGCUGUCCGACCGGGACUUCGGCCGCGUGUGUCGCGGCGUGGCGGAGAGUCACUCUCUCGCGCAGCUCAACCUCAACCUCGGCGUGGUGUCCACCAUCGGCCGGACCAAGCAGCUGGCAGACGCUCUGAAGGCCAACAGAUCCGUCCAGACCCUCUUUCUCCACGGAAGUCCACUUUUAGACGCGGGACUGGUCACCCUGAACGCAGCCCUCUCCACUCACCCCUCACUGGUGUCCUUGGAUUUGGGGGACUGCAUGCUGGGAGACGAGGCGGUUCGUCUCAUUUGCGGCAUGCUUCCUCCGGAUGGAGCCAAAUCGGGGCUUAAAGAGCUUACGCUGAGUGCCAACCCAGCCAUCAGCUCGCAGGGUUGGGCUCGACUGGCCAUCGCCGUGGCUCAUAGCUCACAGUUACGGGUCCUCAACCUCGACUACAAUCCCUUAGGGGAUCACAUUGCUGGGAUGCUGGCGGUCGCCGUCGCGUCCAGUCGAACUCUUGAAGUUCUGGACUUGGAGGGAACCGGCCUCACCAAUCAGUCAGCACAGGUCUUCCUGGACAUGGUGGAGAACUACCCCACCAGCCUGCGCGUGCUGGUCCUGGCCGAGAACGACAUCAGCCCCGAGCUGCAGCAGCAGAUCUCAGACCUGCUCUCCGAAGGAGAGGAGGAGGAGGAUAAAGACGGAGAGGCGCGCGGACGCUCGGUGACCCCCAAGGAGAAACCCGCCUGGGUUCCCCACAGCAUAACCGGCUCUAAGAGGCUGGGCCAAAAGGGAAGUACAGAAAUCGACAUUACUCAUGCAUUGUUUAGGAGAGAUCAUUUCUACUCACGAAAUAGAAAUACGAAUUUCUUAUAAUGGCCAAGUUGUGAGUGCUCUGUCCUGUAUAUCCUAAAGUCAUUAGACUUAGAGGUCGUUAGUAGCGAGGUUACGUUUUAAAGGAAUACCAUUCUGUCAUCACUCAUCCUCACAUCGCCCCGAACCUACUUGACUGUCUUUUUUUGUACAAAAGAGGAGUUUUUGGAAGCAAAUCCUGGCCGCUCCUUUUCAUAUAGUGAAAGUGAACGGGGACUUGGAGGUAACAAAACAAAAAUCGAAAUAAAAGUAUCAAAGAAGUAGUCCAUUUCAUUAAAACCAAUGACGUCAAUGGUGCCGAUGACCCAUUUUUACAGAAAGACUGUUAUACUCAAUGAUUUUCAGAAAAAUUGCAUUUUUUAAAAAAAAAAACCAUGAGAUUAAUUUUGGGUACAUUCUAUAAAAGCUGGAAGGAUUACUUUUUUGGUACCUUUUUUUUAUUUUGGAGCCAGAAAGUCCCAGUCCCCUCUCAUUUCCAUUACUGUACUUUUUAUAAAGAGGCAUUAAGACAUUUAUUCAAAAGGACAUUAUAUAUAUAACAUUUAUUAAUCAAGGAACUGUUCUUAAUGUUGAAAGCUUUUUCUCACGUGACACUGUAGACUGCAGUAAAGAUGCUUAAAAGUCGGUUUUGAUCACAGGAAUUAGUUAUAUCUUAAAAUAUAUUGCAAUAGCAAACUGUUAUUUUAAGUUAUAAUAGUAUUUCACUGUCUAUAUUUUUGAUCGAGUAAAUGCAGCCUUAUGCGAGCAGUACACGAAGAAGAGCAGCCAGGAUAUCCUCCAAAAACACACGGGGUCAAAGAAAGUCGAUGCAGGUUUGAGGGUGAAUACAGAUGAGAGAGAAUGUGAACUGUCCCUAGAAAGGAGACUCUGUAGUCGUUCAGAACCAAAUUCCUGUCCUCUUCUUCGCACGGUUCAAACAUUUACCAGAUUGUCUCUGACCCUUCCAGACUCUUCCAGCUCCCAGAUGGUCCUGAUGACAUCAGGACUGGGUGAGAGCUUUUUGGCAGAGACAGAGAUGUGAUACUGGAGCUGCCCAUGUUUUGUGCUCGCACGACUACCGCGAGACCACCAGUUAGUGUGCAACCUCUCACGCCGCAUGACCUGUAGCGCUUAGAGCAAGACAGUUCAAAGCUGGAACAGAAACCUUAAACACCAAGUGACUUAUAAUACGCAAUAGUGAAUUAUUUAUUUUACAGAUGUACAGUCUAUUUAUGAAUAUACUGUAUUUAACCAAUAACAGCAUACUCUGUUAGAUGAGCUGUAUAGGGUUGAUGUGAUGGCCUGAUGCCUGAAUAAAUCAGUUUACACCUUUUUAAAUGCGUUUUG